UACAUACCAUCUUGCGAAUACGUGAAGGAUAUAAAAUUGCGCACAUUGUGCAUUUCGCCCCGAUUAGCGAUAAUCCCAGAUAACUCCGAAACGAAGUGGAAAGCGCGAGUUGCAUCAUUCACCUGCAUUCACUUCUUAUCGAGUUGCAUCAUUCAAAGUGCAUUAUCCGAUCUCAGAUUUCAAAGUUUGAAUUAUUACAUAUUUGAAACAUUUUAUAGAUCAUAGAUAUCAUAUAAUUAACUUUCCUAAAUCCAGUUUGAUAUAAAAAAGAAAAAUGCCCGAGAAAGACUCCUCCCAUAUUGUACCAGAUGCAAUUUAUACUUCGCAGAAAAAUGGAAAUGAUGAAACAGGAGAUGGUUCUGAUACUAACCCUUUCAAAACAGUUUUAAGAGCAAUGCAUCAUGCGGGAAAAGAACCAUUUCCACCAAUUUAUCAAGAUUGUACUAAGGGCAAUGAAAAGUAUGAACUUGUAUCUAAAUCACAAUUAAAGAAGGUGCAAAAAGUUUGGGUAAGAGAACAAUAUAAAAGCGAAGAAAAACAAAAGAAGCUGUUAGAAGAUGAAGGAAAGAGGUUGAAGAAUUUGGAGGAAGCUAAAGCGCUUGUAAUUCAAGAGGAUAGUACUUUGCCACCUGCGAUUCGUAUUAAAAUUAAAGACAGUAUUAGUCAUAGAGAUCAACGAGUAAAACUUUAUGGAUGGGUACACAGGCUUAGACGUCAAGGGAAAGCACUUAUGUUCAUUACACUAAGAGAUGGAACUGGUUUCCUACAAUGUGUACUUAAUGAUACUUUGUGUCAAACGUAUGAUGCAUUGUUACUAUCUACAGAAGCUUCUGUUGAAGUAUUUGGAAUCCUAAAGAUUGUACCAGAAGGAAAAAAUGCUCCAAACGGGCAUGAAUUGGUGGUUGAUUACUGGGUGCUAAUAGGAGCAUCUCCUCCCGGCGGUGCAGAUUCUAUUUUGAACGAGGAAGCUCUUCCUGAUGUGCAGUUAGACAAUAGGCAUAUUAUGAUUCGCGGUGAAAACACAUCUCGUAUAUUAAUUAUGAGAUCUGUAUUGAUGCAAGCAUUUAGAGAUCAUUAUAAAGAAAGGAAUUACUGCGAAGUAACGCCACCGACAUUAGUGCAAACUCAGGUAGAAGGCGGGUCAACAUUGUUUAAAUUAGAUUAUUUUGGAGAAGAAGCAUUUCUAACACAAAGUUCACAACUUUAUCUCGAGACUUGCAUUCCAGCGAUGGGCGAUGUAUACUGUAUCGCCCAAUCUUAUAGAGCCGAACAAUCGAGGACUCGAAGACAUCUUGCAGAGUAUACACACGUGGAGGCGGAGUGUCCCUUCAUUUCAUUCGAUGAACUACUUGAUCGAUUGGAAGAUUUGGUAUGCGAUGUAGUUGAUCGUGUUUUAAAGUCACCUCUUGGACAUCUUGUCAAGGAAUUGAAUCCUGAUUUUGAAGUACCAAAGAAGCCAUUUAAGAGAAUGAAUUAUAGCGAAGCUAUCGAAUACCUUCGAGUUAACAAUAUAACUAAAGAAGAUGGAACAUUUUACGAGUUUGGCGAAGACAUUCCAGAAAUGCCAGAGAGAAAAAUGACUGAUGCAAUAAAUGAACCGAUAAUGCUCUGUAGAUUUCCUGCAGCGAUUAAGUCAUUUUACAUGCAACGUUGUCCCGAAGAUAAAUCUCUGACCGAAUCAGUGGAUGUGCUUUUACCGAACGUCGGAGAGAUAGUUGGAGGGUCAAUGCGUAUUUGGGAUUACGACGAAUUGUUAGAGGGUUACAAUCGUGCAAAUAUCGAGCCAAAACCAUAUUAUUGGUACACGGAUCAGCGAAAGUAUGGAACUUGCCCCCAUGGUGGAUAUGGAUUAGGCUUAGAAAGGUUUAUGUGUUGGCUUUUGAACAGGUAUCAUAUACGCGAAGUAUGCCUUUAUCCACGGUUCCUGGAACGUUGCCGUCCUUAGGUUUUUCUUCUUUGUUUUUGGGUCAUCCUAUGCUUAUCUAUACGAUAUAUAAUUAUUGACACCUUUGAAAAUUGAAUCUUCAGUAAAAUCUUUAAACAAAUGUAAGUCCUAAAUCGUGAAAUAUAUCAAAAUAUGUUCAAUUGUUUUUUUCUAUUUGUUAUGUAAUAAACUAAUAAAUAAAACCACAACAUAGAAAACUGUUGUUUCAACGAAA